UGCUAAAGAAGCAAACAAAACCUUUGCGAUUCUCAAGAGUAAAAGAUUUUGUGCAGCCUCUCCUCGAUCACUCCGAACAUAAGUAUCAUAUGAAUUCAUCCUCGUCCAUAACACAUUUCAAUACCUAUCGGAUUCGGACCCAAGCCAAAAAAUUAAAAUUAAUGUCUACUUUGGUGGCUGUUCCAAUCCACAUCAUAAAUUCUCUAGCCAAACUGAAAGCCCCACAACUCAUUUCCCUAUAAUGCCUCUUCUUCUUCUGAACAACACCCUUUUGCUACUAUUUAAGUUCGUUCUCAGUAUCUUGCUUUCUUGUUGCUUUCCUUUCAUGCUAUUGCUUUCUGUUUUAAGCCUACCAUUCUCGUGUUGUUUUAUAUUCUUCUGGCUGAUUUCUAAGAUUAUUGUUUAUGCUGAAAUGAAGGCUAUGACAUUUAUGGGGAGAGUACUGCUCGGUAGUAGUAAUUGUAUUGAUCAGUCAAAGGAGUCGGAUGAAGAUGAUCAGGAGGAAGAAGCAGAAGAAGAUUACGUCAAAGUUGGAGCUCAAACUGAUGGAGAGAGAUUUAGCAGCCAUGAAAAGGAUUCGUGGCAAAUUCUGGUUCUCAAAUCUACCAAUAGAGAAGAAAGGAGACCGGUGUGUGUGUAUAUCUAUAUCAAUGCCACUUGCUGUUUGCCUAUGCAUGCAGUUAAAUUCUAUGUGUGUAGUGAGUAGUGAUUGAUUUUCAUCUGUUCCUUUUCUCGCAGUUUCAUGAAGUUUUGUCCUACUGGAGAAGGAAGGAGAAAGGAGAAGAAAUAUAAAACAGACUUCUAUGUUUUUGUUAAUAAAAAAUAUGGGUAGGCCAAUGUUAGAACUCAUGUACUGAUGAUCAGGACUGGUGUUACUGUGUUUCUGCUAAUACUUCAGAAUUAUUUUUUUUUCUAUAAAUGGGAAAGUAUUGGAACUUC